AUGUCACCCCCAACUCUAAGAAUAGGAGUCGACGUCGGCGGUACCAACACGGACGGCGUCAUUCUCGACCCCACCAAAUCUUCAGCCCCAGACCGCGGAAUCAUCGCUUCUCAAAAGACCAGUACAACAGCCAACCCAAGCGAUGGCAUCAACAGCGUCAUUACGCAGAUGUUUCAACAGUCAUCUGUUGACUCGUCGAGCGUCGCAAGCGUGACAAUCGGCACAACACACUUCAUCAACGCCGUUGUAGAGAUGGACGCCUCCCGUCUCGCGCGCGUCGCAGUCCUCCGUCUCUGUGGGCCGUUCUCGUCGAGCAUUCCAGUUGGUGUUGACUGGCCGCCGCGGUUGCGCGACAUCAUCUGCGCUCAUCGCAGUCUCGUAGACGGUGGUCUGGAGAUCGAUGGUAGUCUCAUUGCUGAGUUGGACGAAAAUGCCGUACGGAAAGAGUGCGAAGCCAUCAGAGCAAAGGGAAUCCGGAGUGUCGUUGUCGUGGGUAUCUUUAGUCCCAUCGACAUCGUAUACAAGCAGGAAGAGAGGGCGGCAGAGAUCAUUCGGGAAGCAUACCCCGAAGCUGACGUCGUGCUGUCGAAAGAUGUCGCGAACAUUGGCUUUCUCGAAAGAGAGAACGCGGCUAUCCUCAAUGCUUCCAUUCUGCCUUUCGCUCGACGGACGAUUCACUCCUUCCAAGAUGCUAUUGCAAGGUUGGGUCUCAAAUGCCCUGUUUUUGUUACACAGAACGAUGGUACAAUCCUCCCUGCCAGUGCUGCAGCACAUCUACCUAUCAGGACUUUCUCCAGCGGCCCCACGAACAGCAUGCGCGGCGCUGCUUUCUUGACACAGAACCUCGAGAAGGAAGCCAUGAUGGUUGUCGAUAUCGGCGGAACGACGACUGACGUGGGACUGCUGUUAGAGAACGGCUUUCCUAGGCAAGCCGCGGCGUAUAGCGAGAUCUCCGGCGUGAGAACCAACUUCUCGUACCCCGAUGUCAAGAGCAUCGGUCUCGGCGGCGGGUCCAUCGUUCAGCGAGAUGAACAAGGGGACUUGACCAUCGGCCCUCAGAGCGUCGGCUACCAGAUUCAGCAAAAGGCACUGGUGUUUGGUGGAGAUGUUCCGACUACCACUGACUACACCGUUCUCGCAGACUCUGCGGUCCAGAUCGGAGACAGUUCGCUGGUCAAGAACUCAAGCCUUCAAGAUGACCUCCCUGAGUUCAAGGCCAAGGUCAAACAGAUGUUGGAGCGUAUCGUGGACACCAUGAAGACAUCACCAGAUGAUAUCCCGGUCGUUCUCGUGGGUGGAGGUGCAGUGAUUGCGCCGGAUACUCUUGCCGGUGCCAGCAAAGUCAUCAAGCCAGAAUGGUCUGGGGUCGCAAAUGCCAUUGGUGCGGCCACAGCUAGAGUCAGCGGAGUGGUGGAUUCUAUCGAGAGUACCGAGACGAAGAGCUCUGCUCGGGUGAUCGAGGAGUUGUCGCAAAGAGCUAUCGACAGAGCUGUCGAGAGCGGGGCUGUGAGAGACACCGUCACAAUCGCGGAAAUUGAGAGCUUCCCACUUCAAUACAUUGCGAACAAGUCGCGGAUCAUCAUCAAGGCAGUGGGAGACUUCGACUUCUCGAGAACAAAUUUCGAUGAGUCUGCUACCAUUCCGGAUGACUAUCUGGACGAGCCUACCGCCCCUCUCGAGAAGAAGGCCAUUACCGACGGCCACGACACAAAACCAUCCUCUCAGUCCCUCGUCUACACCAAGGAUUACAUCAACUCUUACAAGCCGCGUAUCGUGAAUAGGGAAUGGCUUCUCUCCGAAACCGACCUUGAUUGGAUCACGAUAGGCUGCUACAUCCUGGGCACUGGCGGCGGCGGAUCGCCGUAUCAGCACAUGCUCCGACUACGCGAGAUGAUGCGCGAUGGAGCGACUGUCCGUAUUAUAUCUCCGUGGGAUCUCAAGGAUGACGAUAUCGUGGCUUGCGGCGGUGGGAAGGGAUCUCCUCAAGUUUCGAUUGAGAAGCCAUACGGUGAUGAAAUCAUGGAGUCACAGAGAGAACUCUACGAAUACCUCAAGACUAAGCCAACAGCCGUCAUUUCUCUCGAAAUCGGUGGCGGCAAUGGUCUACAGGGUCUAAUUCUCGGCGCGAGCACGAAUCUGGAUAUUCCGGCCAUCGAUGGCGAUUGGAUGGGCCGCGCAUACCCCAUUUCGCAUCAGACGACGCCGGUAGUAUUUGAAAAGAAGGCGACGAUGAUUCCAUCAUGCAUCUCGGAUGGCAACGGCAGGAUUAUGCUCAUGACAAAAGCUCGCACCGAACUCGACGCGGAGCGCGCUUUCCGUGCAGCGCUGUCGCAAAUGGGAUCGCACGUCGGCUGCGCCAAAGGACCCGUGAGCGGCCGCGACACCAAGUCCUGGGUCGUCGAGAAUACCGUCUCGCUCUCUUGGCGUAUCGGUCGCGUUGUCGCGUUGUCGCGCUGUAGCAACACAGUCGACAAGGUUGCCGAGGCUAUCGUGGAUGAAGUGGGAGGUGAGGAAUCUGCGAGAGUGCUUUUCAGGGGUAAGAUCGUGGGCGUCGAGAGGGUGACGAGAAUGGGACACGCGUAUGGCGAGGUCAUCAUUGAAGGCGCGUCCACUAGUGAAAAGGGAGCGGAGAAGCUGAAGAUUCCGUUCAAGAAUGAGAACAUUCUCGCCAAGAAGAUUGAUGCUGAGGGGAAGGAAGAGAUUCUCACUAUUGUACCUGAUCUUGUCUGUGUUAUCGACGCUCAGAAUGGCGAGGCCCUUGGCACUCAAGAGUAUCGCUACGGUCUUCUUGUUGUCGUCCUCGGCAUCACUGCUUCCGAGAAGUGGACCUCUACGGAAAGAGGUAUCGAAAUCGGCGGACCUAAAGGAUUCGGCAUGGAUGAUUUGGAGUACGUUCCACUUGGAAAAUUCAGGAAGCCAAGAAGCGUGAUCGAGGAGUACGGUGGCAGCUCGUAA